AUGGCGUCCACCGGCCCGUCCGUCGCCGCCUCUGCCGUCCCGCCGACAGCGCCCUCCGGUGCAGCCCAACUGUCGUACGGCGCGGCCGCCGCCUACGGCGCGCCCGGCGUCACCCACAUGCAGCUGGCGCCCUCCGGCGCGGCCUCGCCGCCGUACGGCAUGCCCGGCGUCACCCACAUGCAGCUGGCCAUGCUUUGCCCGCCCCGUCUUGGCUUCUCCGGGCUGCCCGUCGGCGGUUAUGGUCCACCCAUCCCGGUGCCGCCCUACGGGGGCCUCCCGCCGUCGCCUUCCCUCGGUGGUUAUGGCCCGCCUGCCCUGGCGCCGCCCUACGAGGGCCUCCCGCCGCCGCCGGUACCUGUGCCAUGGGACCCCACCCUCCUCGCCGCCCAGCAUUCCGCGGCGUCGCCGAGUAGCUCUGUCGGUGGAGGCGACUUACGCCCGUAA